AUGCCUCCUCGUCGCCGUGCAAGAAACACCGCCGCAGCGCAAUCGACGCUGUCCUUCGGCAACCAGUCCCGAGUGACCAAGCCCGUCACUGCGCCAACCGACAAAGCGAAAGCCCUCGACUCAACACCCCCUCUCUCUAGGAAAUUGACCUCUGCCACCCCCGAGCCUCAAAAUGUACCCGCCAGCCCUGUCGAGCACUCCGAGCCCCUUGUUUCAGAGUUAGUGGUCCGCCCGCAGCCCACAGUCGAAAAACCAGCGCCCACGUCAGAAGAGGACAAGCGGGCCUUGAAGUUGAACAAAAAAGAUGUCUGGCGGUACUGGCAGUCUCAGGAGGAGACCCGCAAGGCACCUCGGAUUCACCAGCAAGGCAUAGACGUGGAGGAGAAGAUCCUUCGGCAUUUUGAUCUUUCCAGUCAGUAUGGGCCCUGCAUUGGAAUCCCUCGUGUCAAUCGUUGGAGGCGCGCAAACGCUUUGAAGCUGAACCCGCCUAUUGAGGUCCUGGCUGUCAUCCUCAAGGGGAAGAAUAUCAAGGAGCGAGCGUACAUCGAUGAAGUACUGUCUUGA